ACCGUUGGUCAUUUUUACACUUGCAUAAAAUAUAUCAUUUCUAAAGACAGAAAGAGUUUUGUCUUUUACAACGAAUGAAAAUCGUGCUUUGUCAAGCCAGGAUACAGAAAUGAUGUUUCUGCUCAUACUAGGUACAAACAGACAAUUAUUCAAAUGCAAUAUUAGACCACUAGGUAGAGAUAAACUAUAGGUUCCGACGGCCAAUGCAUAGACGAGUGCGCCAUUGCCGACUUUUAGUUGUAUCUCUCCCUCCGUCAAUUGUCUACAUUCAUGCAAGUUCUGCAUAGAAGUACAGAUGUGAGAACCACAUCCAGUAUCCAUCACCCAAGAGGUGAUAUCAGACAUAUUGACUUCGAUAACCCUUUGGAGCUCCGCGGUCAUACUGGCCAUAAUGAUACACUUUACAUCUCGUGCGUCGUCCUCAUACUUCUUGAAGGAAGUGAGUUCGGACGCACGAGCAUUAGCAUUAGGGGUCUUGGGAGGAUCCGUUUCGAGGAUGUAGAGUUUCCUCUCAUAGUUAAGAACGAUUCAGAGGUUCAUCUCCCAGUCAAGAAAGUUGGUCCCGGAUAACUUGUUGUUUUCCAGGAUGUAACGCAGAAAAUAUUUCUAAUAAUAUUUAGAAAAUAUUAUAGAUAUUUUCUAUACACAAAAUGAUAUUUAUAGAACACAAAGUAUUUUCUCUCAUUAAUAAUGUAAUGGCCGAAACUUAAAACAAAUUGAUGAUAUCUCCUUCUUUUUGCUAAUGGUGCGUGAGGUGUAUAUUUAAAACAAAGAUGUGAUUAAUUUUGUCAUUAGCUAAAUGACAAAUAAUUACCCCACUCAAAAUUCAAUCAAAGAAAAUUGUGAUUCUCCUCAAUCCAAAAUGGCCGAACAAAUCAUUGUGAUUGUGAGAAGGAUUUUCAAAAUUCUUCUCCACUCAAAUGUUCAAAGUG